GUAGCUUACCCUUUGAGUACACUUAACAACAGAAUCUGCAUUAUCCUGAGGUCUGUCAAACCCAACACAGCUAUUUUCCUGUGGAUUGUUAGCGAGGGGAAGCUGUUGACAAUUUUCGUGAUUAUUCAGCACCUUUUUUUCCCCGUGUCUCCGCCCGAGACGCUCUCUGCGCCCUACCGCAAUUCCACGAAGCUAAGAGCCAAAGACACAGAAAAACCAGUUUCUCUCCCCCAUGUUCUCCGACAGGACAUUCAGGAAUCUGUGACUUCAUUUCCCGUUUCCGCGGCUGUCUGAUUGUUUGUCCGAUUGUCUGACUCCGCUAUCUUCGAUUGUCUCCCUUCUCCCUCUGUACCUCCUAGUUUUCUUCGUCUGGAUUACCACUGGCUUCUUCCCCUCGUUGUCCCGUGUGCUGAACCUUUUCCUGCGACGCAUUCUAUAUGCGAAGCGGGUUCCAGACACCAGGCCACCCACACUCCGACACCUCCACAUCACCUGAAAGACCCACGAAGACCUCAUUCGCCCUGCCUGUGACUCUGCCCCUACAUCUACCGCUGUAGCUGCACAGCUCUUCCGUCCUCACCUACGGGCAGAUCCUCGCGGUUCUUGCUCGGCUGCGUUUCCGCGUUGUUUUCCUUUCUGAUCCGUUCUCGCUGGCACACUUUAACUCCAUUUGUUCGAUCCUUCACAAGAUGUUUCAGUCUUCCAGAGGAGAGCCCCCCUCCCCCCUGGCUUUGUCCCCCACUUCACCCGCUCCGUCGCCCGCAGCGGUUCAGCAAAACCCGUCGACCCAUUCUUCUAUCUCUGACUUUGCGGUUCCCUUUUCUCCCUCCGAGCGUCCGGUGGAGAAGCCCAUGGACAUUUUCUUGGGCGACAGAUACCGAACCUUGAACUUGACGCCCGACGCGACGACUCUGACUGACGAACAGAAACAGAUACAGCAACAGAUUCUGCUACAAAACAAAGUCGAACGGUUCUUCACGGAGGGCUGUCUGGCGCGGGCAGCCGUCAUGGGGGCUGGAGGCGGAGUCCUGGGAGGUCUUUUCGGCGCCUUCUUCUUCACGAUGAAGCCCGUCGACGUGGACACCAGUCUCCCUUUCCGUGACCAGAUGCGGCAGCAAUAUCGGAACUUCCUGCCGGAAGUUGGACGCUCUGCCAAGAGUUUUGCCAAACUGGGUUUUCUCUAUUCCCUUGCGGAAUGCUUCAUCCAGAGAGAAAGGGCGGUCCACGACAUAAACAACGCAAUCUACGCUGGAUGCUUCACAGGAGCUGCCCUCUCUUACAAAGGUGGCCCAUGGGCAGCUGCUGCAGGAUGCGCAGGAUUCGCUGCAUUCUCGGGAAUCAUGGAGACCCUUCAGCCUUUUGGAAACAUGGGAGCGUGAUCGGGGAAAGAAUUUGUUGGCUAAAUGCUUCUGCCCAGAAUGCCAUCCGCGUUUCUGCUCGUUUUAACUAAAAAUGGAAAGUGCUUAUUUCGUCUCAUUUUUGCUUCUGUUCAUCGUAACUCUUCUCUGUUGUGUUUAUCUUAGUCUUCUCUGUCCGCCAAACCGUAUUAGCAUGCAAGCAAUCCCAGCAGGUGUCGCUGCCCGGGCAUGCGGGCCUAGAAGAAGUUGACCGAAAUGCUUUUCUGGUUUUCUAAAGUAUCAUGAUCCUUGUUAUGAGCGGUUUCGUUUCAGUUUUCA